AUGCAGAAGAAAGUGGUUGUGAUCAGUGUCGUCAUCGGACUUGCUGUCAUUGUUGCAGUCAUCGUGGUCGCCGUGACUGUGACCAGCUCGCAUACCUCGACGACAAAGCCAAGCAGCAACAUCAAUGAAGAAGAGAAUAAGGUGGACUCGGCGAUGAAGCCACGCGAUCAAGACAAGCUACACAAUUUUAAGAAUGGAUCGUUCGAAGCGGAUGAAGAGACGACAGAUCCACUCACGGAGACCUAUUCCGUGUCUGCUCUAGCUAUUGGAGACUGGGGUCGCACCAUUGCCAAGAACGGCGGCUCAUGUUGCUCGCGUCGCAGUUCCUUUACUGUGUUGGACUACAAUGCGAUGGAGUACGUAUCGAUUCUCUUGGGCCAAGCUGCUGGAGCUUUGCAGCCUCGACCGUCCGUGGUCAUUGGCCAUGGUGACAACUUCUAUUGGGACGGCUUGCUCGGUGUGACGGAUCAAGCUUACCGAUUCCAGCAAACGUUUGAGGACAAGUACAAUGCACCAAGUUUAAUGGGCAUUCCCUGGGUGAAUGUCAUGGGUAACCAUGACUAUGGCGGUGCAAGCUUCGUGUGCACUGACGGUGAGCAGGCCGUCGAGUGUGGGUCGACGUCUGAACUGCUGGCAGCCCUGGACCAGAAGUUUGAGCUGCAGUCGCAAUACGUGAGUCCACAGGACAAUCGAUGGAUUAUGCCCGACCACUUCUACGUGCACUCGAUCACUUCGCCCGUGUCCAACGUGACGAUUGACAUCUUUAAUCUCGACACGAAUGAUGCCGAUACACAUGGCGCCCAGCAGAUCUGCUGUCAAUGUUACGGCUACUCUGGCAAAGACGAUGAUGCGUGCGAAAGUGUACAGCGAGGUGACAGUCUAUGCGCCGGAGGGGACAGUAGCAUGUUUGACGCUUGUAUGGAUAAACUUCAAGCUUGGGGGGCCGAGUCGCGACAGAAACUCGUCCGUGCUGCCACAGCUUCGAACGCGACUUGGAAGAUUGUGAACACGCACUAUUCGCCGUACAACCACUAUGCACCUGGUCCUGCUAAAAAGUGGCGGGAGUUGUUGGAUGGCCUGGGCAUUCAGCUUUUCAUGUAUGGCCAUACCCACGGUGAGAAACAUGACUACACGGCGUUUAAGACGCAUUUCAUUGAGAAUGGGGCAGGAGGCGGUAUUCAUAAUGAGUCGCCGAGUGGCAUUCCGCCCUAUGCUGAAGACUACGUGGAGAACGUCUGGGCAGCUGGACAUUAUCCCUACGGCUUUUUCUCGCUCAGUAUCUCUCCAACGUGGAUGAAGGUGAACUUCAACACGUUCGACGACAGCUGGUCCAUGACUGAAGAUGUGGAUGCGACGCUGGUUGGGGGGAUUGCUAUCAAACAUUGCUGGUACAUUCCACAACGCGGAGGGCGCGGUAAAAGCUGUAAAGACGCGGAAACACAGUCGACUGACUCGGCGUAA